AUGGCACCGGUCCUAUACCAAUGCACGGUUUGUUUAAAUCAUUAUAAAAUAAAACCGGACGGUAAACUAUAUCGACAUGGAGGCAAAGUGAAGGGCCAGGAAUGCCCUGGUUCGUUCAAGGCAGCCGACCAGCCUCCGGCUGGUUCAUCUGCUUCCGCGCGACCGCCGCUUACCGCUGCACCUGUCAUCAACCCUCAUGUUGCUACACGCGGUUCUUCGGCGUCGGUCUCGGAGAGUCCCUCUCAAGUGGAUUUUUUUCAUGUUUUUGACAGGCUGACGGUCGUUUUGAGGACUGCCCACCUGUAUGAUCACGUUCCCAAACCGUGCAGAGACAAGGUAUCUAAAGCAUUGUCGGCUUUAUUGACGGCCGUUUGCGAUGAUCCCUGCGACGCGGCCCAUUGGUGCAGGCUCCAAUGUUUUUUCGCAUUCGUUUUGUUCAAGCCAACCAGGGGCGGUCGUAGGACUAAUCAAGCCAAUUACGUUAUUAAACGGUUGGCCGAAUUCAAUUCGACCGAGGUCGAGUUUAUUGUGGCAAGCUUCAACACUGACCACAACACCAAACCGCGUAAGCACAAUCCAAACAGUUGGAUUAGUGCAGUAACCACUCGGAUUGAACAGGGCAGUCUCUCGGCGGCCGAGCCGUUCAAUGGUCGCGUUUCACCAGCCCAGAUGUUGACGGCUUUAAAGUCGUUUAAUAAUGGUUCAUCGGGAGGCCUUGAUGGCUUGAGGCCUCAGCACAUAAAGGAUUUACUUUCCGGUCCGACGCCCACCGAUGAAUUGUUAAAUAACUUCACCCGAUUUGCCCUCGAACGUGUCUCUCUUCUCCCGGUCCACGACGCGCUGACAAUCAUCCGCGGCGCCCUCAGUUUGCCGAAAUUGAUGUAUUUUUUGCGCACAUCCAAUUUUGUUAAUGCGGCCAUUUUGGGCGAAUUUGAGGGUGCUCAGCGGGUGGCCCUCUCAGCUAUAUGUAACGAACCGUCGGGCAUUGCGGCGCACGACGGUAAGCGCCCUGACGGGUGUACCUUGAUCCCUUGGAGAGCCGGCAGGUGCUUGGCGUGGGAUGUUACCGUUCCGGGCACCUUUGCAGAGCGCUACGUGCAGCUUACUAGCAAAGAAAGCGGUUUGGCUGCAACCAGAGCAUCUGACGAGAAGAUCAAAAAGUACGACGGAGCUCUCCUCUCGAUGGAGUUUUUACCGAUUUGUAUCGAGGUCCUCGGCCUCAUGGAUCGUAACACCUCCGGGUUUUUCAAUCGGAUUUGUAAAAAUAUCAGUAUUAGGUCAGGCGAUAGUAGGGAAUAUUUUUUUGCUAUGAAUAAUAUCUCGUGCAUUCUGCAGCGGUUUUUGCGCGUCUGUGUGUUGGAAAAUGUGGAGUUGAAUGCCGACGGGGUUGAGUGA